GCGCUCGGCCGCCUCCUCCGAGGAAACAAUGCGGCUCCUGCGGGCGUAGCGCGGCGCGGGAUCGGGCGCCGGACACCCGAGCGCGGGCGGCUGAGGCGGGAGCGAGCGGGCGGGCGCCGGGCGCGCCUCGCAGAGGGCCAUGGGCGCGGCGCGGCGCGGGGCCGGGGGCCGGCGCGGCCCAGAGGCGCUGCGGGCCCGGGACCGCCUCUAGCCGGCACCGGGGAUGCGGGCGCCCUCCACGGGGUGCCCCUCUACGCGCCGGGGCGCCGUCCCGCCCUGCGAGCGAGCGAGCCCGAGCUAGCAGACGCGCGGCCGGCGGUCUGGGGGCGCGCCGCCUUCCGGCCCCUAAAAUGUGAGCGGGGAGGGGGAGGAGACGCUGAGACGGCCCGGCUGGGCGCCCUCGCCGCCCUCCGGCAGCCGCGCCGCCCGGUUCCCCGCCGCCCAGGCCGCGCGCCACCCGCGGGCGGCGGCCCGAGCCGUGAGGCCACCGCGCCCCGCACCCUGAGCUGAGGCGGGUUCGAGGCCCCGACUCGUGGAGAGCCUGACCCAGGACGGUGCGUCCUGCCUCACCCGCGGCUGCUCGCCCGGACAAGUUCGAACCAUGAUCGCGGUCAACCCCGAUGGGAAAAUAAUGGUCAGGAGAUGCCUGGUCACCUUGAGACCCUUUCGGCUCUUCGUCCUGGGCAUCGGCUUCUUCACGCUCUGCUUCCUCAUGACGUCUCUGGGAGGCCAGUUCUCGGCCCGGCGCCCAGGGGAGUCGCCCUUCACCAUCCGUACAGAAGUGAUGGGGGGGCCCGAGUCCCGGGGCAUCCUCCGCAAGAUGAGUGACCUGCUGGAGCUGAUGGCAAGGCGCAUGGACGCACUGGCCAGGCUGGAGAACGGCAGUGAGCCGCGGCGGGCCACCAGCCACAGGCAUUCAGCAGACAGGUUGCCCUCGGGGGCUGGGCUCGUGGAACGGAUCCAGGCCAUCGCUCAGAACGUGUCUGACAUUGCGGUAAAGGUGGACCAGAUCCUGCGCCACAGCCUGCUCCUGCACAGCAAGGUGUCUGAGGGGCGGCGGGACCAGUGCGAGGCACCCAGUGACCCCAAGUUCCCUGACUGUGCAGGGAAGGUGGAGUGGAUGCGUGCCCGCUGGACCUCUGACCCCUGCUAUGCCUUCUUUGGAGUGGACGGUACCGAAUGCUCCUUCCUCAUCUACCUCAGUGAGGUGGAGUGGUUCUGCCCCCCGCUGCCCUGGAGGAACCAGACGGCCUCCCGGACCCAGGCCAAACCCCUCCCCAGGGCUCAGGCUGUUUUCCGGAGCAGUCUGUCCCCCCUGCUGGAGCUGAUGGGCAGUGGGAAGGAGUCCUUGAUCUUCAUGAAGAAACGGACCAAGCGACUCACAGCCCAGUGGGUCAUGGCUGCCCAGCGCUUGGCCCAGAAGCUGGGGGACAUUCAGAGAGACCAGAAGCAGAUCCUUGUCCACAUUGGCUUCCUGACGGAGGAGUCCGGGGAUGUGUUCAGCCCACGGGUGCUGAAGGGCGGGCCGCUGGGGGAGAUGGUGCAGUGGGCGGACAUUCUGGCCGCUCUCUACGUCCUGGGCCACAGCCUGCGGGUCACCGUCUCCCUGAAGGAGCUGCAGAGUAACUUAGGUGUGCCGCCAGGCCGGGGGAACUGCCCACUCACCGUCCCCUUGCCCUUCGACCUCAUCUACACCGACUACCACGGCCUGCAGCAGAUGAAACAGCACAUGGGACUGUCCUUCAGGAAGUACCGGUGCCGGAUUCGAGUCAUUGACACCUUCGGGACAGAGCCUGCGUACAACCACGAGGAGUACGCCACACUGCACGGCUACCGGACCAACUGGGGCUACUGGAACCUCAAUCCCAAGCAGUUCAUGACCAUGUUCCCCCACACCCCUGACAACUCCUUCAUGGGCUUCGUGUCAGAGGAGCUCAACGGCACAGAGAAGCAGGCAGUGAAGGGUGGCAAGGCCGGCAACAUGGCAGUGGUGUACGGCAAGGAAGCCAGCAUCUGGAAGGGGAAGGAGAAGUUCCUGGGCAUCCUGAACAAGUACAUGGAGAUUCACGGCACCGUGUACUAUGAGAGCCAGCGGCCACCUGAGGUCCCGGCCUUCGUGAAGAACCAUGGCCUCCUGCCACAGCCCGAGUUCCAGCAACUGCUGCGCAAGGCCAAGCUCUUCAUAGGGUUCGGCUUUCCCUACGAGGGCCCCGCCCCACUGGAGGCCAUCGCCAACGGCUGCGUCUUCCUGCAGUCCCGCUUCAGCCCACCCCACAGCUCCCUCAACCACGAGUUCUUCCGGGGCAAGCCCACCUCUAGGGAGGUGUUCUCUCAGCACCCCUAUGCCGAGAACUUCAUCGGGAAACCGCAUGUAUGGACCGUGGACUACAACAACUCGGAGGAGUUUGAGGCAGCCAUCAAGGCCAUCAUGAGGACUCAGGUAGACCCUUACCUGCCCUAUGAGUACACAUGCGAGGGCAUGCUGGAGCGGAUCCACGCCUACAUCCAGCACCAGGACUUCUGCUCAGCCCCAGGCCCUGCGUCUUCUGUGGCCCGUGCCCCACAGAGCCCCUUCGUCCUGGCCCCCAAUGCCACCCACCUCGAGUGGGCCCAGAAUGCCAGCAUGGCCCCCGGCGCCUGGCCCCCCGCCCGCUCCCUGCGGGCCUGGCUGGCCACCCCUGGGAGGGCCUGUACAGAUGCCUGCCUGGACCACGGGCUCAUCUGCGAACCCUCCUUCUUCCCCUUCCUCAACAGCCGGGACGCCUUCCUCAAGCUGCAGGUGCCCUGUGACAGCACCGAGUCCGAGAUGAACCACCUGUACCCGGCCUUCGCUCAGCCCGGCCAGGAGUGUUUCCUACAGAAGGAGCCCCUGCUGUUCAGCUGUGCCGGGUCCAGCACCAAGUACCAGCGGCUGUGCCCCUGCCGGGACUUCCGCAAAGGCCAGGUGGCCUUGUGUCAGGGCUGCCUAUGAGGCCACCCAUGCUAUCUGGCCUGGCGCCGCCUCAGCUGGCCCUCCGUGUGCCACAGGAGAGAAGGCACCAGCAGGUUCCAGCUCUGGCUGCCUGCCCACCCCUCCCCCUCUGCCUCCUGGCGGGGGGGGGGGGGGGAGGACACAGACUUCUUCCCUGGCCAGGAAGUGGACAGGGCAGAGCAGUGCCCAGGUUUUGCAGGAGGGCAGUGCUACCAGCCUGGGCUCCCUGUCAUCACCCUCGGGUGCUGGGCUGGCCCAAGAGUCGGAGACCUCGGAGCAAGUGGUCCGUGCACAGCCACAUCUGAGCCAGGUGUUGAAGACCAUGGUUAUUCGGGUCUCGGGGUGGGGCUCCAGAUU